AUGACCAUACCAUUCGAAAAGAUAGUCGGAAGGAAACCCCGCAAUGCUAACGAGCACGACAUUGUUAUCACAAAAGCAACCUUUGAAUCUGUGUCGAAGAUGGAAAAUCACUGGUUUAUCGGCUCAUCAUUUGAGAAUCAAGGGAACCAUCGACAGGCUUCUCAUAAAGCACAUGUCUCACCACAAACCCCGUCCAACGCACGCCUAAAUUCACACGAGUCUCCGCCACCCAACGAUAAAGUGACAGUGGGAACGGGUAAAAGAAUGAGGGUAAAUCGUAUCAACUGCGAUACUGGUGUAGGUGUACGCCCACCUCCAAUCUCUGGGCUUGCUUCCAAAAACUAUUAUUUUUCGAUCAAGAAAAUACCCUUCGAAAAUCAUGACAUGAGUUUCGAAGAAUGA